GGUAUAUUAAACCCCCAGAGACGCUUUUGGACCGCAGUGAAUAGCCUAUCCGUGCAGCCUCAAGAACUCGAUUUUCAAAGGGGGGAAUUUAUUUGGAUUUUAAAUCAGACCAGCUGGUUGAAGAAGGAAGGCUUCCAGAAGUUUAUUUAAGAAGGUUGUGGAAAGUUAAUUUGCCAAAAAAAAAAAAAAAAAAGAAAAAAAAGUGUGGAACGGAAGGAGUCUCCAAACAGAAUUAAGACCUGCGCAGAAAUGGCUGAGAACUGGCACCUGAGCUUCCUGGAGGAGGAGGCAAUAGCAGCAGCGACAGCGGCCCUGACCUCGGUGGACGAAAGCAGCAGCAGCAGCAGCUCAGUCAACCUGGACGACAGUCUAACCAGCCUGCAAUGGCUCCAGGAGUUUUCCAUCAUCAACUCUGAUGGAAACCAGCACGUGAGAACAGCCCAGCCCAGUCGUGACCUGAAUGGGUACCUGGAGGGCUCAGAGGGGCCUUCCUCACCCCUCGCUGCCGACCCGGCCUCCAGGGGCAUGCCUCACACCCCCGGCAAGCCCACCUCCUCGGCCUCCAUCUGCCGAACCGCCCAACACCCUGGCCUGGGACCCCAGGGGGAGCCCCUGGAUGAGGUGGACUACCGGACCAACCCUCACAUCAAGCCCCCCUAUUCCUACGCCACUCUCAUCUGCAUGGCCAUGCAGGCCAGCAAGAAGAGCAAGAUCAUGCUGUCUGACAUCUACAAGUGGAUCACAGACAACUACUGCUACUUCAAACACGCUGACCCAACCUGGCAGAAUUCCAUCCGUCACAACCUGUCCCUCAAUAAGUGCUUCAUCAAAGUCCCGCGGGAGAAGGACGAGCCCGGCAAAGGUGGCUUUUGGAAGAUCGACCCCCAGUACGCAGACAGGCUUCUCAGUGGGGCCUUCAAGAAGAGGAGAAUGCCCCCAGUUCAUAUCAACCCUGCCUUCCAGACCAGGAUGCGUCAGCCCAGCUUAGCCAACAUUGCUGAUGUGAUGACCAGCCAGCUGUGCGUGAGCCAGGAGUCCCAGCAGCUCUUGAAGGAGUUUGAAGAAGUCACCAGUGACCAGAACUGGGAUCUGUCAGAGAUGGGGAAAGUCGGCCACAAGAGGAAGCAGCCCCUGCCCAAGAGGAUGAUGGUCAAGGCCCCACGCCGCUUCAGCUCACCCCUUCUCACCACGGAGGAGCAGAAGGAACUGGGCUCCCUGAAGGGCGAUUUUGACUGGGAUGCCAUUCUGGACUCUGCGCUCUCCAGUGACCUCAGUGAAGAACUUGAACACAUGCCUCCACUGAGCCCCAUCCCUGGAGAGGUGAACCUGACCGUCCGGGGCACACACAUUGACCGGCCUCAGCAGUGGAGCCCACUAGAGCCCGGUGGCCACAUAGACCACAUCCUGACCCAAACCAACCAGGGCAACCUAGACUUUGAUGAGGAGACCUUCCUGGCCACUGCUUUCCUGCAGAACCCCUGGGAGGAAGGCAGGAACGACUUUCUAUCCAACUCUGCGGUCAACCUGGACCAACUGUUUGAACUGGAUGACUCCUUCUCAUGCAGUAGGAUAGAGGCAUUUCUAUGAAGCAUGCUGUGAUGGAGCAAGCCCCAUCCCAUUAGUGAAAAAUGAAAGAAAACAGAGUACAAAUAAAAGUUCUAACUUGGGGCUUCCUUUUGUAUUAAAAUACAGAAUAAAGACUGUUUUAACAAGGAACUGAAAUAUGUAUCUCUGACUGUGAACACAAACCCUGAUAACAUAUAACAUCAAGGUAACUAAUAAAUGUACUUACCUGUUUUUGUACAAGGGAUGUUCUGCCAUUUGAAACCUGUGAGAAAGAACAGCAUACUUGGUUAAAAGGAUAUACUGAAUGCUUGACGCAUCUCCCUGAAAAGGUGCACAUUUUCAGAGAGGUAUGCUGACGGUGAUAAGUAUUGGGCUGGAAGGAACGGAUUCUGCCUAAGCUGGAGGAGUCAGAUGAUACUGAGCAGUAUCUGACCACUUUUGGGAGCAUGGUGACAGCCUGUGCAUUGGACAAAAAACAUUGGGCCAUACGGCUAGUUCCUCUCCUUACCGGCAAAGCCAGCAGAGCGUUUGUAGCCAUGAACACUGAGGAAACCGUGGACUAUUCUAAAGUGAAGGCAGUUAUAUUAAAGAAAUAUGAAAUUAAUGUGGACACUUACCUAAAGCGUUUUCGGUCCAUGAACGUUUUGUCAGGUGAAACUCCCAAAGAACUUUAUGUCCACACUAAACAGGAGGUCGGAGAAAUUAUCAUCCUGGAGCAGUUACUGAGGAUGGUCAACCCGGAGGUGUACGUCUGAAUUAAGGAGCACGAUCCCUCUUCAGCCCUGGAAGCUGCCCUGCUGACUGAGAUUUUUGUGUCGGUGUGUAGAGGACAGAAGACCUACCACUACACCUGAGGGACCAGGGAAGGUUCUGGUUAUGUUAAAGUAAAAACUGAUCCCAAUGCAACUGGUAAGCCUAGUGAGAGCAAAGUAGUGUGUUAUAACUGUGGACAGGAAGGUCAUAUUAAGCCUAAUUUUAGCUAUGUUCCCAGGCGCAGUCUGCCAGGAAAAAUAGAAACUGAUCAAGCCUUGUUGGAUAGUGAGGGAUACCUUUGUUCCAAGAGAAUAUUUUAAUGUAGGGGUUACUUUUGGCAUUAGGUGUGUCCAUGGAGAAGAAUGAGCUUAUCCCACAGCAGAUGUGUAUUUGGUUAUACAAGAUCAAACCUUUCUAGUAACUGUGGGAGUAGUACACGAAGUAUCCUACCCUGUAAUAAUGGGCCAGGACAUACCAAUUCUUUGGUACACCAAAGCAAUCCCUGUAAUCUGGCAGUUACUAGGUUUAAAAGUAGACAGCAAGAACCAGGGAUUUGGCAAAACAUGUCAUUCUUUCGUGAACAGGAGCUAGAAGAGAAAGGCAGUGUUAAAUGCCAUAAAUUCAAAAGACGACGGUGCAGGGAAAAAUUUUAAGUUACAGUGGCUAAAAUAAAGGUACCAGAUAACUUGGGGGAGUUUCAAAAGGCUGAGUGUAUGCUGCAGCACCUCUCUGCAAAUUUAGCAGAAGGUUGAGGGUGAACAUUUUAGAGUUGGGGCAUACAGUGCCUGGGCCAGCCAUCUAGGCAAGCAUAAAACUCUUGCACAAAUUUUUUGGCCAGGGUUGGCGAGAGAAAACCUUGAGGAGGCACAGAGACGCAAAAAGACCUGGUAUGAUAAGGCAGCCAGAUCGCAAUCUUUUAACCCUGGACAGCAAGUUCUACUCCUGUGACCCACCACGGACAGUAAACUUUUAGCCAAGUGGCAAGGCCCUUAUGAAGUACUAAGCCGGAAGGCUUCCAUCACUUAAGAAAUAUUUUUGCCAGAUCAUCAAAAAGAGAGGCAAACCUACUAAUGUAAAUAUUUUAAAGGAAUGACACCCAGGGCAGCAGAAAGAGAGCCAACAGAUGUUAAUCAGGACUGUGGAGGACGAAGAGGAAGAAGAAGAACUAUAUAUUCUGCAGGAGAUUUCAUAAGUGACGGAGACCAAUUACCUGGGAUACCAUCAGGGUAAUAGUGUUCGGUUCCAGUAACCAAGAAACAAGUGCAUUCUUUUUUAUGACUGAUUCCGGGGUUCUCAGCUAUAACUGCAGUGUUGACGGAUCUGAAAGAAAUCCAGCCCCAAUAAGGUAAAAUGGACUGAGGCCUGUGAGCAAACAUUCUUUCAGUUGAAGGAAGCUUUGUGUCAAGACCCUGUACUACAGAGCUCAGAUUUUGACCAACCAUUCAUGGUUCAGAUGGAUUCAUCAGGAGUUGGAUUGGGAGCAGUCUUACUACAGGGUGACCAGAAAAAAUUGCUACCUGUACUCUACAUCAGCAGAAAGCUGUUUCCUAGAGAACUUAACUAUUCUUCCAUGGAGAAAGAAUGUUUGUGGAUUAAGUGGGCACUUGACUCACUGAGAUACUUUAUUGGGCCAAACAUUUGUGUUAGAAAUGGAUCACCGAGCCUUGCAAUGGCUGGGCAAAAUGAAGGAUUCAAUGCCUGAAUUACUCCAUGGUAUUUGAGUCAGCAACCAUUUUCUUUUGAGGUCAAGUAUAGGCCCGGAACCCACAAUAAGAUUGUGGACUUACUUUCUCGCAUUCCUGAGGAACAUAAGAACUUGAGGAGGGGAAAAUGUGAUGGAGGAAGCCAAAUCCCAUAAGUGAAAAACAAAAGAAAAUACAGAAUAAAGACUGUUUUAACUAAGAACUGAAAUACGAACCUCUGACUGUGAACACAAACCCUGAUAACAUGUAACUUCAUGGUAACUUGUGAAACAGUAGAAAUAAAUGUACUUACCUGUUGUUGUACAAGAGAUGUUCUGCCAGUUGAAACCUGUGAGAAAGAACAGCAUACUUGGUUAAAAGGAUAUACUGAAUGCUUGACGCAGUUAUCUCACUGAAAAGGAGCACAUUUUCAGAGAGAUAUUCUGACGGUGAUAAGUAUUAAAAUAGUAGGCUACAGCAGUACAGAAUAUUAUUUAAUUUCUCUAUACUUGUACGUAAUUAUUCUAGAGAGUGUUGACAAUACUACUGAAACCUGUUUAAGUAAAAACCUUGGUUGAUUUACACCAGGUUAUUUCUUCAAUCCUGUAGUAGGAUGUUUUUUUUUCUUUUGUAAAUAGUUAUAAUAGUAAUAGUAAGUUUUUUUUGUUUGUGUUCACUGAGUUAUUUGCUUGAUAAUAAAAUAAUUAUUUUGGAUUGCAAUCUACAACUUCUGUUCCUGUCUGCUGUCUACACCUAACAUCAGACCCUGGGCCAUCACCACAUGCCUUCAACUAGGUAGACAAUUCAUCAAUUGUAGGGGACCAG